AUGGACCAAUUUCUACAGUUCAAACAAUAUAUUGAAGAAGUAGCAGCAUCAUGUCGUCAACGAGUUCAAGUGAUUCGAAAAGUUGCGUCAAAGAACUGGGGAGGCGAUAGACGGACACUCACGAAACUAUACCGUGCUACGGUGCUGGAAAAAAUGUUGUACGGCGCACCAAUAACAUCAGCUGGUAGUAAUGCAGUAUUGCAAAAACUCGAGACAAUCCACAACUCGGGGUUGAGGGCAAUAUGCGGUGCCUUCCACACAAGCCCAAUAUCAAGUAUCCAAGCAAAAGUUGGUAUUCCGAGCCUUAGAACACUGCUUGAUCAGAGGACAGCUAUAUUCGCCGCAAGACGAUUGGCAAGCGUACCAGAUUUGGAGAUUCCAAAUGAUGCAGAGACGUCGGCGCAUGAAAACAGCAGUACAGACAGCAAUAGUUCUGGAGAACUUUGGAAUUCAAUCCCAGUGCGCCCGACGGCCACAGCUACCGCAAGAGGAAAAGAGAUCCUGAGUAGUUUGCAAAUACAGAUCCCCACACUACAUCGAUUCAUAUUACCAACCAGUGCACCAUGGGAGCGAAUUGCGCCAUCCGUUGAUAAAAGCCUUUUGCAAGCAGUGCGGAACGGAGCAACAGUUGCUGAACUAGUGCGAACGUUCCUUUCCAGACGAGCAACUAAAUAUAGACAUUACAGUGCAGUAUACACAGACGGCUCGAAGCAGGCAAGUAGGUGUGGAUAUGGAGUGGUCUGUGGGGACAUGGUCAUCCGCAGAAGAAUCAACGGUAUGUGCAGUAUAUUUGACGCUGAUAGCCAAGCCAUCAAAAAAGCCUUACAAUGGAUAUCGCAUCAACGAACAGGAGCGUACAUGAUCUGUACCGACUCUUUAAGUGCAAUAACGGCUCUAGAUAGACGAAAAAUUACAUCCAAAUGGAAAGAUGAGACUGUCAAACUCUACAAGCAAAUAACUACACAAGGAACAGCUGUUACUUUCUUCUGGGUCCCAGGUCAUGUUGGCAUACACGGGAACGAGAGAGAAGAUCGCGAAGCGAAGAGAUCAUUGCAGGAACAACUAACACAAGAACCACUGAGCUUUGAUGACUUCAAAACGAUCAUCAAAACACGAACCUUGUGGACUUGGAAUUCUACUUGGUUGUCUACAAGAUCCAAAAUGGCCGAAGUCAAAAAUUCUGUCCUUCCAUACUCGGAAGCUUUUACUGCUGUUCGAAAAGAAGACGUCAUCUUAGCUCGGCUAAGGAUAGGCCACAUACAAAUCACACACUGUUACUUGCUGGAGAGAAAGGAACCCCCGCAUUGCACCAUGUGCGAUGCACCAUUAAGCGUGAAACACAUACUCACCGAGUGCCAAGGACUGGAAACCGAGAGAAGACACGCAGGACUGACCAACAGCAUACGCGAAUCGCUCGCCGACGAUAUCAAUAGGGCACAAAAAGUUUUGAAAUUCCUAAAAAAUAUCAAACUCUUCAACUGUAUAUAG